AUGAUCGCCAACAUCCUCACCUUCCUCGAAUCCCAAACUCUUCAGCAUCCCCUCCGCACGCUCUUCUUCCUCCUCAUCGCGACGCCAUUGACCUACAUCAUCGCCAACGAGUUCGUCCGAAAGUCGCGGCGCAUACCUGCCUUCAGCGGCCCUCCGGGCUACCCCCUGGUUGGCAACAUUCCCCAGAUCCGAGUCAAUGCCGCGGAGACAUACAGACAGUGGGCGGAGAAGUAUGGCGACGUCUACCAGAUCCAACUCGGCAACGAGCCCGUCAUCGUCGUCAACAGCGCCGCAGCCGCAAAGGUCAUCUUUGGGCAGAACUCGCAGGCGCUGAGCAGCAGGCCCGUGUUUUGGACGUUCCACAAGGUCCUCUCGAACACCGCCGGCACUACAAUCGGCACGUCCCCCUUCAACGACUCCCUCAAGCGCCGUCGCAAAGGCGCCGCCUCCGCUCUCAACAAGCCCUCCAUCAGCACCUACAUCCCGCACCUCGACGUCGAGACGCGCGACUUCGUCAAAGAAGGGCUAGAGUACGGACAAGGCGGGCAAGUAGGCGUAGACCCAAUGCCCAUGAUCCAGCGGCUCUCCCUCUCCCUCGCACUGACGCUGAAUUGGGGCACGCGGCUGGGCAGCCGUGACGACCCUAUGUUCCACGAGAUCACCGAGGUCGAGGAAGCCAUCUCAAAGUUCCGCAGCACGACGGGGAAUCUGCAGGAUUACAUCCCGCUGCUGCGGCUGAACCCGUUCAGUGCGGGGUCGAAACUGGCUAAGGAGAUGCGGAACCGAAGGGACGUCUACCUCAACCGGCUGAACCGCGAUUUGGACGACCGCAUGGAGAAGGGGAUCCACAAGCCCUGCAUCCAGGCAAACGUCAUCCUGGACAAGGACGCCGCGCUUAAUAAGGAGGAGCUGACGUCCAUCUCGCUGACUAUGCUAUCCGGCGGUCUGGACACCAUCACGACGCUGGUACAGUGGAGCAUCGCGCUACUAGCCCAGCGGCCAGAUAUCCAGGCUGAGGCGAUCGAUGCCAUCAGGGAAUUCUACACCGAAGCAGAGCCGCUGUGCGAUGCGCAGGACGACCAGAAGUGCGCCUACGUCGCGGCGCUUGUGAGGGAGUGUCUGCGGUACUACUGCGUGCUGCGGCUGGCGCUGCCGCGGGCGACGGUCAAGGACAUCACGUAUGAGGGGAAGGUGAUUCCCGCGGGGAGCACCAUCUAUCUCAACGUGUGGGCCUGCAAUAUGGACCCCAAGGUCUGGCACGACCCCUCCGCCUUCCGCCCCUCCCGCUGGCUCGAGCAGCCGGACGCCCCGCUCUUCACUUACGGCCUCGGCUACCGCAUGUGCGCCGGCUCGCUGCUCGCGAACCGCGAGCUGUAUCUCGUGUUCAUGCGGCUGCUGAACAGCUUUGAGAUUCUGCCGGAUAGCGAGGUGGAUGUAGAUCCUGUGAGGGGGAGCGCGGAUCCCACGAGUUUGGUCACCAUGUCUAGGGCGUAUAAGGUUAAAUUGGUGCCGAGGGAUGAGGCCGCUUUGAGGGUGGCUGUGAAGGAAGGGAAGAGAGAGUGA